CCGAUCUAUCCGUUCCGACGCACGAACAAUCAAACUUUUGAUUCUGAUUGUAGGUCGUUUUCCGCGGUCGCAUAGUCGAAGGUAAACAGCGCGCUCACAGCUCCUCAGUGAUCCAUCCCUAUGUUGAGCAAUCCGAGAAUUAGUAUCCGGUCGGUAAUGAAAAGUGUUGAUCCCCCAAAUCUGCUCAAAGUGAUGCAAGGUAGCUGAAACCGGUUCUUUCGUCUACAUGCAGCUACAUUGCUGCAUUUGAAAAUUAGAGAUGGAGAUCCCAAUCAGCGCUGUAAUUUAAAAAGAUCAGAAUGGAUGGUGUGUUCUAAAUGUGCCGAUCCGGAUGCAUAUGAGAAGCACAGCAGUCCUACUAAAAUGCCAAGCGAUCUGACAUCUGCAAUGUCGUUCCGUGGCAAUUCCCCCCUUAAAUUUAUAUUUCGGAUGUCGUAUUUUGCAAACAGGGACGCGCUCGAGUUAGUAGUGCUUUUAAGUAGCGUCAGUGCCAGUAGGAUUUUUCCAACAACACAUCCAAGAUGUCUGACGAUAAUCCGAUGCGCCAGAUUCGGGUCGAGAAACUGACCCUCAAUAUUUGUGUCGGCGAAUCUGGGGAUCGUCUGACGCGUGCCGCCAAGGUUCUGGAACAGCUGACAGAGCAGCAGCCCGUCUUCGGGAAAGCCCGCUUUACCAACCGCAACUUUGGUAUACUUUUUGAUCACGAAAUUUAUAACGCAUUUUCGUGAGUACUAGGAGCGCAGACGUGAUAGCGAGUUCGUAACUUGAACUGUUUUUCAACUUUCAGCACUUCGGCGAGUGGAUUCUGGACCGGCCGAGAAUUUAUAUUUGUGUCGUGAGUGUUGAGAAUGAAGUGGGUGAAGUGGAAAAGUGUGCGGCAAUUGGAAAAACAGGUAUCCGUCGUAACGAAAAGAUCGGGUGCAGCGUGACCGUCCGUGGCGAGAAGGCCGAGGAGAUUCUGGAGAAGGGCCUCAAGGUUAAGGAAUACGAACUGAAGAAGCGCAACUUCGCUAAGAACGGAUCAUUUGGAUUCGGCAUCUCGGAACACAUCGACUUGGGCCUCAAAUACGAUCCAUCCAGCGGUAACUUUGAUUUAAUUUGGAAAUUGCAAAAUUUGGGUUAAUCUGUGAGUUUCCCAUCUAGAGUGUCGGCGUUUGUCUUUGUGAAAUGUUCAUAGGUGGCCUCGACUCACUCUAAGCAAGCACAUCGGUCACUGUCGAUAGCAGUGUACCCAGCCACAGCAUUGCGUGAUAUUUUUGACGACCUUGAGUGACAAAUUGCCUGCAUUGCGUUGCGGUGUAAAAUGUCGACUGUUGCCUUCAAAUGCGAUGGUUUACUUCAAAUUUGUCCUUUGACCUGCACAACAAGCUCUGAGUCCAAGCUGCUUUUGACGGAAAGAGCCUGCCUGAGCUAUCAAUAUAAUCGGAUCCAACAAUAUUGUACAGGUAUCUACGGAAUGGAUUUUUAUGUCCAAUUGGCGCGCCCGGGUGGCCGCGUCGCUCGCCGCCGCAAUCAGCAGGCCCGCGUGGGCACGAAGCAUCGUUUGACCGCCGACCAGGGCAUGAAGUGGUUCACGCAGAAGUUCGACGGUGUUGUCAUGGACAAGGAGUAAGGAGUUGAGCCCCUGCUAUAAAGAAACCGGCAUGAUGACACACUCCACUCACGGUGUCGAUGCGAAUGAUAGCGCAUUUGCACGAAACUUCUUUCUUGCCUCCCUCUAGGGCAUGGAACACAAAGAUGCCUAUCGCGCAUUGAAACAAAACCCAACUGAACUACUUUGCAAUCGGCUACUACUACUCAAAGAAUGCCUUGUGCUGUGUCUACCGCGCAAGAUUAUUUUGCCAUCCCUUCGGGACGGCCGCGCGAAAUUGAACGAAGUCAAACGUGCGUUCAUGUGAGGAGGAACUCGAUUUUAGUUGGUAUCAGUCUCGGUCCAGAUUGCGCUGCUCCGUGCAAGCAAAGAGC